AUGAUCAAGCUUGUAUUUCUGAGCAUUUUUGAUUAGAUUAUCAUUUUUUUCAUAACUCAUGAAGAAUGUAAGGCUCAUUCUUCUUUAUGUAAAUCAGAUGGUUAAGGUUGUAUAUUAGCUUCAACAUCUUGUGUAGCAUAAAAUGGAUAUCUAGCUUUUUGUUAAUGGGCAUUAGAUACUAAUAAUAAAUCAACUUGUGCCAAAGGUACUUUAGCUACAAUUGACGCCUCCUGUACAAAGUUAACUUGUGAAUUGAAUGUUACUGCAACUACUGAUUCAGAAUGCUCAUCAUUCCAUCUUGAUUGUUUGAAUAAAGGUCUUGGUUGUAUACAUAAAUCAGAAGUAUGUUCCUCUUAUUAUAGUACAAUAGAACUAUGUUGGAAAUUUACAAGUAAUGGAGUGUAAUGCUUUGGUGAUUUUGGAAGUGUUAAAGCAGCUUGCAGAAAUAGAUCAUGCACAGAUUUGGCAACAGCUACUAGUGACAGCGAAUGUGUAAAUUUCUUAACUGGAUGUCUAUUCAAUGGAGUUGGAUGUGUUAGUAAAAGUGCAGCUUAUAGUGCAUCUAAGGGAACCUAAUCAACUUGUUCAGGAUUUAAGGGAAGUAAUGGUACCAAGUAUUGUUGGGGAGCUAGUACAACAGCUCCAGGAAAUUGUGCAGAUAGAAAAUGCUCAGAUAAAGUAGGCACAACAGAUGCUGAAUGUUAGACUUUCUUACCAUCUAUUGCUCCAGCAACUGCAUAAUUAUGUAUUACUGAUGGUAAAACUUGCCUUGAUACUGGAAAAGCAUGUUCAUUCUUUAAAGGAAAUGAUAAAACAUGUUUAUAAUUCACAGCUUCUGAUGGUCCAUGUAAAGCAAGUUCAGUUUCAGCAUCUCCUGUUACUUGUACUCCUAGAGUAUGUUAUGAAGCUCGAAACACAUAUACAAAAGAUGAUUAAUGUUCCAAAUAUGAUCCAAAUUGUAAAGCAACUUGUAGAGGAUGCAAGAGUAGUGUUGGAUGUGAAGAAUUAACAUCCUAAACUUCAUGUACAGCAAAUACAUCCAUGGGCAGGAUAAUGUAGAAGUUUACCAACUACAUUUGGUGGAUUAACUACUUAAAGUCAAACAAUUUGUGUGAAUAAUACAUUGCCAACUUGAAAGAGAUGUGCUUGGUUUAUUGGUGCUUCUACCAGUGGUUGCAGAGCUUUCACAUGCACAGAUUAUGAUGGAUCUAUUUCAACUUUAAAAGAUUGUUAAGAUAAAAACCACAUGUAUUACUAGUGGAACUGGUUGUAUAACUCUAGGACUAUGUUCAUCAUAUAGAUCAAAUCUGUUUGUGAAUCUGCUAAUUCAGAUGAAUUAUCUUUAAGAUGUACAUGGAAUUCUACAACAGCAGCUUGUAGAUAAAGAUAAUGUGCAGAUGGAGUAUUUACUACUGAUGAUGCAUGUAAUAUUUGGUUUGCUGGAUGUAAAACCUCAGAAAGUGCUUGUUUUAGACCAAACUUUGGAUGUGAUGUAUUUAAUGGCAAUCCUAAAAUCUGUUUAAAGAACAGUGCUGGAAAUCCAUGUUUAUAUUUUGAUGGUGUUUGCUACGAUUAAGACAAUUGCACAGAUAUUAAUUCUUCAACAUAUACAUUUUGCUAAGCCUUCUCUAAAUAAUGUGUUCCAACAACUACAACUUGUAGAGCUAUUAUUACUUUGUGUGAUAAAUAUGAAGAUAUCUUUUCAUGUACAAUAGGUAUUAAUAAUACUCAAUGUGGAUGGUUACCAGAAAGCACAUGUAAAGAAUAUACAGCAUGUAGUGAUGCAUAAGGUGCUACAUUAUCAGCAUGUACUAGUUGGGAUCCAACUUGUGUUUCAGAUGGAACCAAAUGUAUUGAUAAAGGAACUUGUUCUUCAUAUUUAACCCCUUCAGCUUGUGAUAAUGAAGGUACUGAUGGACUUUGUUAGUGGACCAGAACAGCCUGUAGAUUGAGAGAAUGUACUAUGUAGCUACAACUGAUGCUGAAUGUGUUGCUUAUGUUGUUAAGAGUGGAGUAUGGACAACUGAUGGAGCUAAAUUUUUCCUUAGAGCUACAUAUAGUUCUUAUCAAAGUGGAGCAGCUUGCACAAUAGGUUCAGAUGAAAUUCCUUGUGUGUUUGAUUUACCAGUUGGAGCAACCACUGGAACUAAAUCAUGCAGACCUAAGGAAUGUUCAGAUAUCAAAGGAACUACUAAUGAUGCUUGUGUUGGAAUAAUUCCUAAAAAGCUUGUGUUUCUAAUGGAACUGUUUGUGUUAAAUAAGAUAUAUAUGCCAAUUAUAAGAAUUAAAUUAUCAUGUAAAGUAGGAGGUUCUGAUGGUAAAUGUGCAUUCAAUCUAGCACCAACAGCUACAGAUCCAAAUAAUGGACCCUGUUAAUUAUUCAAAUCAUGUAAAAAUGCCAAUAAUGAUUAAGAUGCUUGCAAAUGAAAAUCAAAGGCAUGUAAAUGGUCAUCAACUACUACUGGGACUACUACUAUAACUAGAUGUUAACCUAUGGAUUGGCCAGGAAUUGCUUCAGGUACUACUUAUAAUCCAUUCCAAAGUUUCGAUUGUACUGUUGGUGAUCCAUUCACUCUUACUGCAGAAAAAUGCUAUAAGACAACAACACUUUACUCAUAUACAUGGAAUGAAUCAACAAAUAAAUGUGUUUCAUGCAAAGCUCCAACUAACAAUAACAAUAAUAUAACCAUUCCAAACACCACCUACCCAGGUACUAAUACUUACGAUAAUGGAUACAUAUUGGAUGUAACAAUACCAUUGGCUAUUUUGGGAAUCUUUAUUUGA